GACUGCAUGCGUUCAGGGGCAUUCUCCCCUAUUUGUUUUUCCGAUUGUUGAAGCUGUUGCUGUGCAACUGUGAAAGUGUGGCCGUGAGUUCUAUUUGUUGGUCAACGAAAAGAGUUCAUUUAUUUGGCUUUAUCUUUGUACCUGAAACUUUUUUAAAAAAAAUGGCAAUAACUAGAGAACAAGCAAUAUAUUUGUUAUUUUGUGAAGAAAUAAAUAAAGAGAACAUAUCCAGACUUACAGAACGAAUCAACUCAUUGAAAGACAUUGAGAUCUGCUACGAAAAGGAUCCUCACCAGCCGAUUCUUUUGCCAAUCGUUAGGAUAAACGCGAAUCAGUUUACUUAUCAUAGAUAUCUUAGCAACGCUCUAAAGUUGGAGAAAAAAUCAAUAAAUGAAAACAUAAAGCUUACUAAGUAUAAUGAAAUAAUUGUUUUACGCAAACGUAUUCGAGAGAAAAGCAAUCUAAACUUCACUUUAAAAAUAAUAGCCUCUGAUACUCAGAUCAUUCGGUUUUUAAAUCAGUUGUAUUUACCCUUUGAUCCAUAUAAUGAAGAAAUAUAUGAGCAGAGAGAUGUUACUGUCGUAUUUGAGGGUAGAUGAUAUACAAAUAUUAAAGACAUAAUUCACUUUAUGAAGG